AUGAGUAGUCUAGAAGGUAAUCCACCAAUUAUUGAGACCGAAUCAUCAAAUAACAGCCAACAAGAACAACCAUCAACAGCAACUGGAAAUAAUAGUAACAAUAAUAAUGGCGAAAAUAGUAAUGAAAAUAAUGAAGCAUCAAAUGGUAAUAAUAACAAUAAUGGAAAUAGCAACGAAGAUGAAAAAGAAUGCAGUGUUAUGGAGGAUGAUACAGGUAAUUUAAAAGAAUUAGAGAAUCCUCAAAUUAAAACAAUUGGUACUGGUGAUUUAUGGGGUAAGUUGGUAUCAUUAAAUCCAACUUAUCCAUCUGUCGAAAUUAGACAAAACUCAAUCCAAAUUGGUAGAUCUUUAUGUGCAAACAAUGAUCUUGUUUUUAGUAGCCCAACUGUUAGUGGAAAACAUUGCAAGAUCUAUAGAGAUCCCACCGUAUCAAAUAAUGUAGUAUUUGUGGACGAUUUUAGCACCAAUGGAACAUAUAUCAACAAUGAAGUUAUAGGAAAAGGUUCAAAAAUUUUAAUUGAAAGUGGUUGUGAAAUUUCAGUUAUCCCAAGAAAAGGAACAGAAAAAAUUUCGUUUAUUUAUCAAGAUUGUUUUGAAGAACAAAGAGAGAUCGAACAAGGUGGUCCACAAAAGAAAUAUAAUUUAAGAGAUGUUUUAGGAACAGGUAAUUUUGCUUCAGUAAGAUUGGGUGUUGAAAAAGAAACAGGUGAUAAAUAUGCUGUUAAAAUUAUCGAUAAAAAGAAAAUGUCAAUGACCAGUAAGAGAAAGGAUUCACUCAUGGAUGAGGUAAAUGUUUUAACCAAAGUUCACCAUCAAAAUAUUAUUUCCAUUAAAGAAGUAUUUACAACUCCAAAGAAUUUAUACUUGAUUUUAGAAUUAGUUACUGGUGGUGAAUUGUUUGAUAGGAUUGUAGCAGAAAAGAAAUUCUCUGAAGAUACUUGUAGAUAUAUAUUAAAACAACUAUGUGAUGCUGUUGCAUACCUCCACAGCAAUGGUAUUGCUCAUAGAGAUCUUAAACCAGAGAAUAUAUUAAUGGCAAAAUCAGAAAGCUACCUUUUAAAGAUUAGCGAUUUUGGUUUAAGUCGUGCUUUGGAUGAGGGUAAUAUGAAGACCAUGUGUGGUACACCACAAUAUGUAGCUCCAGAAAUUCUUACCAAAGGUGAAAGGGAAGGAUAUGGCAAAUCUGUGGAUAUUUGGUCAAUUGGUGUUAUUCUCUAUAUUUUAUUAUGUGGCUUUGCUCCAUUUGGUGAUCCACAAGCUAAGGAUUUCUUCGAUAAGAUUAAGAAUGGUGGUUUUUCAUUUCCAUCACCAUAUUGGGAUCACAUCUCUGAUGAUGUCAAAAAUUUACUCAAAAAUCUAAUUAAAGUUGAUGCCGAAAAACGUUUCACAAUUGAACAAACCCUCAAUCAUCCUUGGUUCACAAAUCACGAAGAAAAAACAAAAGAAUUUUAUGACAAAGAUGGUUUAGUAUAUCCAAAACCACUUGUAAAUGAUGAUCAACAACCAAUGGAAUUAAAUAGCAAUAAUAAUAAUAAUAGUCAGUUAGUACCAGAGGCAAAGCAAUCAUUUGAAGAACAAAUUAACAACCAAAAAGAUGUAAAUAAUAAUAAUGAAAAUAAUAAUAACGAAAACAAUAAUAAUGGAAAUAAUAAUAAAAAAAAUUUAAAGAAAAGACAUGCAAGUGAAAGUGAUGAUGAGGAUGAAGAACAACAAAACAAAAAAUUAAGAUCCUAA